UCUUUUAAUCUAUAUCUUUACGUCUUUUGAGUUCUCCUCAAAAUUGGCUUUUUAGACUCCUAAACAUGUUUUUUUAUUGUUUUAGUUUGACUUUAGAGACAUUCUCCUCAAAAUCAGAUCUUCUUUACUCUCUUAAAUGUGUGUUUUUGAUCUUUCAGUCUAAAUCUGGAGACGUUCUCCUCAAGACUGGAUCUUCUUUGCUCUCUUAAAUGUGUUGUUUUGUCUUUUGUUUCCUCUUUCAGUCUAAAUCUGGAGACGUUCUCCUCUUAAAUGUGUUUCAGUCUAAAUGUGCAGAUGUUCUCCUCGAAACUGAAUCAUCUACAGUCUCUCAAUCGUGUGUUUUUUGCAUGAAGACGUUGAUUCAGACCUCCGUGCCAGCCCGAUCCAAACAGAGGCUCUUUUUUUCACACGAGUAAUUGAUCACGAACGCUUGCCUGAGGGUCACAGAAACCUGGAGGAGGAACAAGACGCUCUGUGUGUGUUUUCAUGAACGCAGCAGCUAAAUCAUCUCCAGGUCAUUGAAUGGAUGUUUGGUGGAAUCCCGAAUCUGUGAAUGUUUCCUCCAGCGUUCAGGCCUUAUUCAGCACUGGAGUAUGAGUCUGUCUGUGUGCAGAUUUUGGGUUCGGGAGCUCGGAUCAGACACUGUACAUCGUGCACAGAUGUUCCUGCAUAUAAUAAUCAUAAUGAUGAUAAGCUGUGUUGUGCGCUCGUGGACCUCCAGGGGAUUUAACAAGGCUGGCUUUUCGUGUGGUUUUGGGAUGUGAGAGAAAUCAUGAUGAUCGGUCUGAACCUCAGCUUGCAGGAGCUGCUGGAGAAGUUCGAGGAGGACAUCCAGGCGGAGAUCGAGGCUCAUAAUGAUGUGUUCAGGAGUGUGGAGGGCAAUAAGCUGAAGAUGGUGAAGGCUCUGGGCGGCUCAGAGGAGGCUGUGUUUCUGCAGCAGAGACUCGACGACAUGAACCAGCGCUGGAGCGACCUGAAGGCCAAAUCAGCCAACAUACGGGCUCAUCUGGAGGCCAGUGCCGAGCGCUGGAACCGACUUCUGUCAGUGCUGGAGGAUCUGAGCCGCUGGAUCGGUCUGAAAGAUGAAGAGCUGAACAAACAGAUGCCCAUCGGAGGAGACGUGCCCACAUUACUGCAGCAGCAGACGCACGGCAUGGCUCUGAGGGCGGAGCUAAAGGAGCGUGAGCAUGUGGUUCUCAGCACAUUGGAUCAGGCACGCAUGUUUCUAGCAGAGCAGCCAAUCGAAGGUCCCGAAGAGCCGCGCAAGAACCUGCAACCCAAAACAGGUGAACAUUUGUGUCUCUCCUUGCACUGUGACAUAUUUUUAAUGAUGCACACAUACAGUCACCUUUAUCAGGCUUGCAUUUCCAGUGCUAAAAGAGUACCAAUAGUACUCUUAUGGUGGGCAGGGUUUACAACAGAAAGCUUCAGUCGACGUCAUUCCCGCUGGAGGAAAAUCACAGUAAAGCUGUGCGGUUUGUUUACAUAUCUUAUGAGAAGCACUUUCACAACGCAGAUGCUUUAUACACAUAAAUACUUGAGUACAUUAUGGUGUAUUAUAUAUUAUUACGGUGAAAUGUCUCGACUGUGUAUUUAAAGCAUGCCGAUUCCUUUGUUUUUAUUCUGGCUUGUUGCACGAGCGAGUGAUGUAUCUCUGUAAGCUGAGUGUCUGCUGUACCAGUCCAGAGUUCUUUCGAUGACGCCACAGCAACGCCGAGUUCUUCUUAUUAAAGAACAUGAGUCUGAUUCCAGCGACACUCCAGGGACAGACGAGUCUUCGCUGAGG